UGAAAGCUGCCCUCCUCUGUCCUGGAGUGCUUAAAGGAAUGGCUUUGGACAUGUUUUGCAAAUCCAGAGGAAUCACAAUGCCAGCUGUAUUAGCAGGGGAGAACCCAGAGUAUGGAAAAAGAUGCCUGCUCUUCUCAAACAUCCUCCCAAUUUGCAGGCUAUAGGAAGAGAGACCUCUCAGCUAAACAACCAUCAUGACAAGAGGACAGCCAAGAAACUACACACAGGUAAAGUAAGGUCUCCUGCAGCCGGCCAAGCUGAGCCUCAACCUUCUGGUGCUGAUUUCUGCUGCUUCUGCACAGAGCAUCUCAAUGGGCUUCUUCAGCCUGGGAGGACUGAGAGGCUCCCCUGACCUUGCCCUGGGCUACGCCAUGAAUGGGUUUCUAGGAGAUGAAAUCUCACAGCUGGCUGAGCUGGACCUCCAAUACCACAGGAGGAAGCUGCCAGCUGGCUACUGCACGGUGGGGGUCAGUUGUUUGCUGCUCUGCCUGGCUCUGACUUUCCUCAUCCUCAACUGCUCCACAACUAUCCCUGAGGCCAGGAUGCUCCUUGGGGCUGAGCUGGUCAUUGAUGUCCUGGGGGCACUGACCUGCAUGCUGGGCACUGGGCUGUACAUUCACUCCAUUCAGUCUGCCAAUGCCACAGAGGUGUGCAAGUGGCGGGAGGCCACCUACAGGAGUGCUGGAUACACUUCUGUGACCUGUGACAUCCUUGGGACCAAAGGGGCGGCCUGUAUGUUUGCCAUCUUGUUGAUGAUGGUGUAUUUUUCAGGAAUGAUUUGUGUGGGGCUUUCACUGAGGAAACAAUCCUCUUAGAAGGCCAAGAGGCAGCCUCAGACACCUUGAAAUUUAGAAAACAGGAUCUGAGCUGGUCAGAAAACUGACACCCAUAGAAGUUAACUGAUUUGCACAUAGAACCCAGUCCUCUGAACCCAAAUGUGUCCACUUUACCACACUGUCUUUCAUCCCCAGAUUGGGAUGAGCAGGGAUAUCGGAAGACAUCCAAUUUCCAUACAACAAUCAUUUAUUAAGUACUUACUAUGUGACACUCUCUAGCGAUACAAGACAAAUAUGCCCUUGGGCAAGCCAUUGGGCCUCAGUUUCCUCCUCCAUAAAGCAAGGGGCUUGGACAAGAUGGCUUCAAGUCUAAAUCUAAAGAUGUCUUCGGCUCUAAAUCUAUGAUCCCAUGAAAUAAGUCCUACCUUCAAGGUGCUUACAGAACUCUCCUGGGAAGAAAAGAGAUAUGCAUAGAUGAUGGAAUGCAAAACACUGUAUGUAGAAAGUAAUUCCAAAGCAAGGGAGUUCUGAUAACUGGGGGAAUAGGAAGCCGGGCAAGAUAUUUGCCAGCGGGUGGUGGGCUUCCCAGUUGCAUAUUUUAAGUGUUGGCUUAGAUUCAUCACAUGGGCUCUUUACUAAAAAUACCACCCAUUUCCCUGUAAGUGAAUUACUCUCCAGUUUGUGCGGUUUCAUUGACAGGGGAAAUAGAACGAUGCGCUUGGUUUAAAGAAAACACGUUGUUUCUUUACCUGGAGAGUUUACACAGGCUACGAUCCUAAAUCAGGUGUUACUGGAGGUUAAUUUGAGAGAAAAUAAUUUGCCUUUUGGGGUGAAUGUGCUCUACAUAUUAUGCUUUGCAAUGUGCCAUUUUCUUUCAAACUCUUUAUUGGCCUCGAUGAAUAUAGUGCAUUGUGUUAGAGAAAGGACGUAGCGUCAUGCUCCUUCCACAUAAUUCUGGUAAAUAACAACCCGGACAAUGAGA